UCCUCAACCACAAGGUGCAAUGUAUCCGAGAAUGUUUGUUCCUUCUCCACUUUAUGCAAGCUUCCACGAGAAGGAGCCACGAGCAAUAGACCAGCCUUCAGGUCCGAGUGAGAUAGGUGAUUCAAUGGCUGCACCAAGGUCAUCUUUACCUGUCCUACAUCAUCAACAUCGCCGCCGAGAAUCAAGCCUUUGGAAACCUCGAUAUAAACGCUUGUAAUCU